AUAGAGUUCAAUUUUUUUCUUUUAUUUUAAAUUUUCUUUAAACUUCUCAAUCAAAUCCAUAUCUGUAAUAAACUGGUAAAUCUUCUCUCUAUAUUUUCUCUUCGAUUUGUUUCCGAGAAUUCUCAGAUUAGCAGAUCUGUGCCAUAUUCUGGCUUUGUUCGAUCAGGUUAGACUUGUGUAGUCUGACAAGAUGGGAGGUGGAUUUAGAGUGCUUCACCUAGUUAGACCGUUUCUCUCAUUUCUUCCGGAAGUUCAGACUGCUGACAGGAAAGUGCCAUUUAGAGAGAAGGUCAUAUAUACUGUGAUUGCUCUGUUCAUCUUCCUUGUUUGCAGUCAGCUCCCUCUGUAUGGAAUUCACUCUACAACUGGAGCAGAUCCAUUCUAUUGGAUGCGUGUUAUCCUUGCUUCAAACCGUGGAACUGUUAUGGAGCUAGGAAUAACCCCCAUUGUGACUUCUGGGUUAGUAAUGCAACUCUUGGCUGGGUCCAAGAUAAUAGAAGUCGACAACAAUGUGCGGGAGGAUCGUGCUCUCUUAAAUGGUGCACAGAAGCUACUUGGCAUCUUGAUAGCUGUUGGUGAGGCAGUUGCAUAUGUUCUUUCUGGAAUGUAUGGUAGUGUGGGCCAACUUGGAGUGGGAAAUGCAAUCCUCAUUAUCCUCCAGCUCUGUUUUGCCGGUAUUAUUGUGAUAUGUUUAGAUGAGCUCCUUCAGAAAGGGUAUGGUCUGGGAUCUGGAAUUUCUCUAUUCAUUGCCACGAACAUAUGUGAAAACAUCAUAUGGAAAGCAUUUAGUCCCACCACCAUUAAUAGUGGACGGGGAGCUGAAUUUGAGGGUGCUGUCAUAGCUCUAUUCCAUUUGUUGAUAACUAGAACGGAUAAGGUUCGAGCCCUUCGAGAAGCAUUUUACCGGCAAAACCUUCCCAAUGUGACAAAUCUGCUUGCUACUGUCUUGAUAUUCCUAAUUGUGAUAUACUUCCAAGGUUUCCGUGUGGUUUUGCCUGUGAGAUCAAAGAAUGCCCGUGGGCAGCAGGGUUCUUAUCCAAUCAAGCUAUUUUAUACCUCCAAUAUGCCCAUUAUUCUUCAGUCUGCCCUUGUGUCCAAUCUCUACUUCAUUUCUCAGCUUCUACACAGAAAGUACAGUGGAAACUUCUUUGUUGAUCUAUUGGGCAAAUGGAAGGAGACUGAAUAUGGAGGUGGUCAAUCUGUUCCUGUUGGGGGUAUUGCAUACUACAUCACUGCACCUUCCAGCUUAGCUGACAUGGCAGCAAAUCCUUUCCAUGCAUUGUUCUACCUUGUGUUUAUGUUGUCAGCAUGUGCCUUGUUCUCUAAAACUUGGAUUGAAGUCUCUGGUUCAUCUGCUAAAGAUGUUGCAAAGCAGCUGAAGGAGCAACAAAUGGUAAUGCCUGGACAUCGGGAGUCAAACCUGCAGAAAGAACUGAACCGAUACAUUCCCACUGCUGCAGCAUUUGGAGGCAUAUGUAUUGGUGCCCUGACUGUGUUGGCAGAUUUCAUGGGGGCAAUUGGUUCAGGGACUGGAAUAUUGCUUGCAGUGACAAUCAUCUAUCAGUACUUCGAGACAUUUGAGAAGGAGAAAGCUAGUGAGCUUGGCUUCUUUGGUUUCUAAUUUCUGCUUAGCAUUUACUGUUGGUGAUGCAAUUCUCCUUCUCCACCUGCAGUUUUGCUGUGUAUUGAGUACUGCUUGUAGGUUGUUUAACACAGUAAGGAAGAACUUUAGAUUAGUUUUUAUCUUUUCUCUACCGAGGAAGCCCGUAGUAUAUCACUGGAAACGAUUUUGGAUUUUCUCUGAAUACAACUUGCUUUAAUUUAA